AUGGAGAUUUCAAAUUUCACAACAAAAUCUUUCUUUCUUGUCAGCAAUAUUCUUGGCUUCCUCUUAUUUGGCAGAAUUUAUCUCUGUAGUGCUACAGAGACUGAUAUUCAUUGCUUGAAAUCAAUAAAAGAUUCAUCACAAGACCCUUUCAAUUCUUUGGACUCUUGGGAUUUCAGCAAUUCUACUGAAGGUUUCAUCUGCCGUUUUAUAGGAAUUGAAUGCUGGCAUCCUGAUGAGAAUAAGGUACUGAACAUCAUGCUUUCCAAAAUGGGAUUAAUAGGUGAAUUUCCACGUGGCAUUCAAAAUUGCACAAGCUUGACUGGUUUAAAUAUAUCAAAUAACAACUUGUAUGGAACUAUCCCUUCUGAUAUAUCAGUGAUACUUGAACAUGUCACAACACUUGAUCUCUCAAACAACACAUUUUCUGGCAAUAUACCACCUGAUAUAGCUAAUUGUGCCUACCUUAACAUUCUAAAGUUGGAAAACAAUAAUCUAGAAGGUGAAAUUCCAAGCAGAAUAGGCGAUUUGGUUCGCCUUAAGACGUUCAGUGUAGCCAACAAUCCAGGGAUUUGUGGGGAGCCCUUGAAUAAAUGUGAGGAUAUUUCAGAGGAUAAGUGGAAAGAUACUUGUUCAUUCAUCCAAGGAAAGACUAUCAACAAGAUAAUAUUCUCAGUGAACAAAUGGAAGCUGAGGUCAAAGCAACAUGUAACUUCAGCUAAAUUGAGCAGCAACCACAAGAUACUAAAACUGGAGAAGUUUGUUAGUAGAAUGAGUUUCAUGGAGCUGGAAAAAGCAACUUCUGGUUUUAGUGAAGACUAUUUAGUAGGAAAUGGAAUGUUGGGCAAAGUGUACAAAGCAAUUCUACCAAAUGACUGGACACUUGCUAUCAAGAAGUUCAAUGAUUGGGAAAAUUUGGAGGAAGAGUUUGUCUCUGAGAUUACAACUCUUGGUGGUCUGAGGCAUCAGAACUUAUUGCCUCUUAUAGGUUUCUGCGCUGAAAAGGAAAAAAGACUUCUUGUUUACAAAUACAUGCAUAAUGGAAAUCUUCAUGAAUGGCUGCACUCGACCGAAGAUAAUGCCAAGAUUUUGGACUUCCAUUUGAGGGCUAAGAUUGCGCUUGGGGUAGCAAAAGGCCUGGCUUGGCUUCAUCAUGGGCACGAAUUACACGUUACACACGGGAGCAUAAGCACACGGUGUAUAUUGCUAGAUCAAUAUUUUGAACCUAAAAUAUCCAACUUUUGGGAAGCCAAAUUUUGGAGUAAGAAUGACACUGCAUUAAGUUGGAGUCUUUUUCCAGUAGCUGAAUAUUCAGGUUUAGGUUCUUACAAGCAAGACAUCUACUGUUUUGGUGUUGUGCUUCUUGAGCUGGUAACUGGGAAGGAACCAUAUGAAUUGACCAGCUCGAGAAAUCUAUUUGAUCACUCGCCUUGUCUACUUGAUGCAGAUAGACAUUUGCUUGGAAAAGGAGUCGACGAUUUAACCCUCCAGUUUCUUGAAUUAGCUUGUAACUGUGUGAAGUUCUUUCCUAAUAAAAGGCCAACAGUGUUGGAAGUGUAUGACACACUGAGGUUAAUUUCUCAGGGUCGAACGGACUUGGUUAAUCCUACUCUUGCAACUUUAUGCAAGGCGGAGUUUGGUUUUUCUGGGGUGAUAGUGGAAAGUUGA